GCGAAUUUUCACUCGGACGGCGCGCGUGCGAGGGGAGGACGGGCAACGGGGCUGAGAGGAGUUGCCGGGCAAUAAGAGGAUUUUUAAGCUAGCUGUACGACGCGUUGAGGCGAUUCGUAAUUACGCUAUAACGCACGCUCAUACUGUCCCCUAAACAUAAGCAGUAAGACUUACUUGCUGUGUUACUUAGCUAGUAGCCCGGUAACAGAGGGAGGCGGUGUUCGUGAGAGCUAAUUAGCGAUCAUUAGCUGUUUGCUAACAUCGCCUGAGACAUUAGCCGACAGCCUGCAUCCUGACCCGAGCAGCUAGCUGCAUUAGCCGGACCGGCGCGGCUCAACUGUCCAAACAACACAACCCCUCUCCCUCCACACCGAAACGCUGGAAAUCCGCAAGCGGCCGGAGACGGGCGAAGGGCCGGCGAAGCUGGGGCUGUUAGCGGAGCCGCACAGUGGAGGCGGAGGAGGACCCGCGGAGAGGCACAGCAGUGGGGACGCAGCGGCCGCCAUGGACGGGCUGCCUGUGGAGGUGCGCGGCUCUAACGGGGCCUUCUACAAGGCAUUCAUCAAAGAUGUCCAUGAAGACUCCCUCACAAUAGUUUUUGAGAACAACUGGCAACCAGAGAGACAGCUACCAUUCAGUGAUGUGAGGUUGCCACCCCCAUCCGACUACCACAAGGACAUCGGUGAGGGAGAGGAAGUGGAGGUGUACUCCCGAGCAAACGAACAAGAACCUUGCGGCUGGUGGCUGGCGAGGGUGAGGAUGAUGAAGGGCGAGUUCUAUGUAAUCGAGUAUGCUGCAUGCGACGCCACAUACAACGAAAUAGUCACAUCCGAAAGAAUCCGGCCUGUCAACCCCAACAGCCCUUCCACUCGCAACUCCUUCUACAAAACUACCAUCGCUGUGCCCGAGGACCUCAGAGAAAUCUGCUUAAGUGACAACAUCCACAAAGACUUCAGGAAAGCAAUCGGGGCCAACUGCAUCUUCUACAACACUUCAUCACAUGAGCUGGUUGUACUGUCCACAAAUGACUCGACAGUGAAGCGUGCCUCCCUUCUGAGUGACAUGCAUUUCCGCAGCAUUCGCACCAAGCUCAUGCUCAUGUCUCGCAACGAGGAGGCCACCAAACACCUUGAGACGAGUAAACAGCUGGCAUCAGCCUAUCAGGAGGAGGUACGGGUGCGGGAGGAUUUGAUGGGUUUGGCCAUCGGCUCCCACGGCGCCAACAUCCAGCAGGCACGCAAGGUUCCUGGGGUCACCGCCAUUGAGCUUGAGGAGGAGAGCUGCACCUUCAGGAUCUACGGAGAGACCCCCGAAGCUGUGAAACAGGCUAGAGUAUAUCUAGAGUUUAAAGAAGACUCCUUCCAGGUACCCAGGAAUCUUGUAGGCAAAGUUAUUGGGAAAAGUGGCAAAAUCAUCCAGGAAAUUGUGGACAAGUCUGGUGUGGUGCGUGUUCGGAUCGAAGGGGACAACGAGAAAAAGCUGCCCAGAGAGGAGGGUAUGGUUCCCUUCAUCUUUGUAGGAACCAAAGAAAACAUCAGUAAUGCCCAAGCCUUGCUGGAGUACCAUGUGGCCUACCUGCAGGAGGUGGAACAGUUGCGUCUGGAGCGGCUGCAGAUUGAUGAGCAGCUUCGUCAGAUCGGUGUUGGUUACCGUGGCGCCCCAAACCGCUCCGGGGCACCCGGAGCUGGAGACCGUGAGAGGGGAUACCAGACUGACGAGAGCAGCAACUCUCUACAGACCUCCCGCACGUACGGUGGACGAGGUCGUGGGCGCAAGUCCAACAACGCAUACUCUGGUUAUGGAACAAACUCUGAGUUGUCCAAUGCGUCCGAGUCAGAGGAUCUGGCUGAGCGGGAUCCUAGGCCCCGGGGAGUGGGAGGUGAUGAGAGGGGCUCCCGGAGAGGAGGUCGUGGCCGAGGAUCCAGCACAGGCAGAGGCCGUGGAGGCCCAGGAUCCCGCAGCUCGAACACAAUCAGCUCAGUGCUCAAGGACCCUGACAGUAACCCCUACUCCCUGCUGGAGGGUGAAGGUGAUCUGGGUGGAGACACCGAUGCCAGCGAGAGCAUGGGCGGCAAUGACCGCCGUCGCCGUUCCCGCCGUCGCCGCAACGACCAGGAGCCCAGUGUGAUUGAUGCCGCCAAUGAAUCGGAUGGCCAGGCAGCUACUAGUGAGAAUGGAUUGGAUGAUGACGGCAAACCCCAGAGGCGCAACAGAAGCCGCCGUCGCCGUAAUCGUGCCACCCGACCAGAGGGGGGCUCUGCCAGCCGUGACAGACAGCCAGUUACUGUGGCCGACUUCAUCUCUCGUGCAGAAUCUCAGAGCAGACAGAACCUUCCAGUGAAGAAAGAAGAAAUUCAACAUGCCUCCCAUCCUAAGGAGAAUGGGACUAGUGUGAAGAAGGAAGAGCAUACCCCGUCCAAGCGUUCCCCUAGCAAUGGUGUUGCAUCAUCUGGGGAGACUCUGACCCUGGUGAAUGGCGUUUCCUAAAUGGAAAACGCAAAACGUCAGCUCACCACUCGAGACCAUUGUCUAGAGCAAGACACUACAGCGAUCUGUCCCUGCUUGCAUUUACGUAAACCUUUAAACAGACGAGUGAAAAUCGACUAAAAAUCUUGAGUUCAUAUGAGAUUGAGGAGAAAAAGAUAUAAAAAAAAAAAUUUGACAAACGCAUCUACUUAAACACUUUAACGGUGUAUGUUUAUUCUAUCUAUCAGUACUUAGUGCUUAUGUAAGAGAAGCUUGCCAAAAAAGAGCUGGUGGAUACGCUUCCAAAAUCUGACGUAACUGAACACAGGACGUGACUAUAUGUUUUAAUUUUUGGAGAAACAGUUUUCUUUUUGUUCGUCACUGUUGUCGUUGUUUUGUUUUGUUUGUUUUUCUUCACUGGUGUGGGAUUGGUCACAUUCCCAAGCAGAUGCAUCUCUGAAACAGUGUUAGAGGCGAGGGGAGGAGCUAGCCAAGAGAUUGUGGGGGAUGUGGGCGGAGCCUCUCAUGUGACUGGCAGUUGUGGCUAAGGUACUCUAAGAUUAACGUUGUGUGGGGGGUGGGGAGGAAAGACAUUGUGCCUUGAAUUUGAAAAAAAAAAACGAGCAUUUUUGUUUUUGUUCGUGGAACAACAAAUACUGUUUCUUAUGCUUUUUUUCUUCAAUUAAACGAGAAUCCAGUUGAGAACAUCAUGGCAGGGUUAUGCUAGGAGAGAGAAGAGAGGAUACAAUUUGAUACUAAUGGCAAACAAGAAGGUAGGAACAUUCAUAUGUGGUAGGAGUCAUGAUCUGGACAGCGUUUAUUGUGCGUGUGUGUGCGCGUGCGUGUAUGUACGUUUGUACACGUGUAGUUAGUAUGCAACCGUAGACAUAAAUUGGGAGAACUGUUAUAUCGUCUGAGAGCCGACUCUAUAGAGAGAGAUGAAGGGAUGCAGCCAUGUUAGUUAAAGGAUGGGUGUUCACCUCUCUGUGCUUUACAUUAUGGAGGAAAACAGGCAUGGCUGCAUCAGGAACAGCCUCACACACAGACAUACAGGUAGAAACCUGCCAGACCCAGAUUGCUAAUUUUCCCAGAACCAAUAUACAAACGUACAUCAGUGCCUCUGACCCCCCCAAAAACCACUGCUGUUUCUGAGAGGGUGUGUGGAACGUGAUUGUGUGGUAAAGUGAUGGAUAACGCACCCAGUUGCAGCUUUGACACCACAGUAGAUUGAUGUAGUUUAUUCUCGCUGUGCCUGCUGAUCGUUUUAAACGGUGACGACUCCUCUGUGGUGCCCCCUACUGGAUGAGCUGGGGUUGUACACAACCUAGUGAUCAAGAAGGCAGGUUGUGUAGGGAACAACACGGCCUCAGAAAAGUUGAGAGCCACGCAAACACGCACACACACGAUUGUGUAUGUGAAUAUACAGUACACUCCAAUGUUAUCACUACACAGUUUAGACUUCCUGGGUCUCUGGUCGAGGAGGUUUAAACCCGAGUUUUAAUCCACGUGCCUCGGAGGCCAGGCAAGCGUGGUAUUUAUACGGAACAGGAUGUCUGUCGCGUUCCUGAUUGUCGCGGUCAAAAAAGACGCAACCGGGGGAUUCGUGUCUCCCUUUGGCUCACAUUACUGUCAUCUUGGUUUUUGCUCUCAAACUUUUUUGGUUGUACUUUUCACAUCAUUAAAAAAAGAAUAAAAUGGAAAUGAAAAAAACA